UCCCAGUCGCUCCAAUGAAAUGCGACGCUUGUGUGUGUCGGGGUAAAAACUACCUCCUACCCAUAAAAUAUUAAAUGUACCUUCAAAAUAUCCCCUGGAAAAGCCCCGACUGGCCCUACAACAGUGAAAAAUCAAGUGAAUCCAAGUGAUAAAACUAAAAGUGUAAGAACAUCUGUGCAAGUGAUUGUGUCCGCGCUGUCUUGCCCAACAACACGACGAAAAAAAACGGUUGGAUUACACAUGACGGCUUGAAAGAUCGAGGGCUGUGUCAAAAAUAAUGGAAGGGAUGUGAGUAAAAGCCGUACAUAAUGUGAAUUUCAGCCAGGUGAGCCCUCAAAAAACUAAGAGGGUCCCAAAAAAAUAUUUCCCUGCAAAUCCCACAAAGUCGAAUAUUUCUAACAGUGAGAAUAAUUCCCAGCAGAAGUGAUCUUUGACAAAAAAUAAAAAUAAAGAAUCGUGAAGAAAGAUGGGGGAGAGUGCCUCCGCUGACACGUGGUCGCAGUGGUUUCUGGAUGCAAUUAGAAAAAUUCGCAGUCAGAAACAACGACCUAGUGUCGAGCGGAUUUGUCAUGCUAUCCGACAGCAUCACAAUUACCAUGAGGAGGAAAUCGGUGAGCAUCUCGAGAAGGCAGUGAAACGUGGUGAUGUCCUCAAGAUAUUCAACAAAGGCCAAUCCUCAUACAAAGAUCCAGGAGGUUUGCAGUCUAAACCCUUGAAAGUCAAUAAGACAACGGAUUUGAGUAAAGUUCUUGGGAAAGCUGUGAGAGAAUUGGGAGAGAGAGAUGGCUCUACUCUCAAGAAUAUUGAAAAAUAUGUUCGACAGAGUCAUACUGUUGAAGAGAGCUCUGAGGGAGAUCUUAGAACUGCCCUCAGGGUCUCAGCUAAAAGGGCAGUUGACAGGGGACUGGUCAUCCAGGAUGGCAGACUGUUCAGGCAACCUGAUAGACCCCCCACCAAAAAAGUGGAGGCUGCGGUGAAUAAUGUGACGAGUUGUACUGAUUCGGCCUCGAGUAAACUUCCCGCACCUCUGCCAAUCUGUCGCGAAUGCCUUGGCACAACAGCAGCAGCCAACAACAAUAACACGAAAAAACCCGUAGCUGAGAAGCUGUCAAGAUGUAGUGUCUGUGGUGCAGCACUUCAUCACACAUGUGCACCAACAGAACUAGCAAUUCUUGUUGAGAGAGGUGCAACUUGGUGCUGCGACGACUGCGUAGCUGUAUGUUCCGGGUGUAAACUCGAGCGUGAAUCCCAGAAUUAUUUGGUAAAAUGCUCGGGAUGCCCGAAGUGCUUUCAUCCCACGUGUCUGGAUCCGGUGCUGGAUAAAAAGAGCAAAACCCCGUGGCGAUGUCGACACUGUCAAACGUCUCAUAGUAGAGAGGAUGGAAAACGUGGCACUAAGCAGUUAGACUCAAGCUCCCAGGAUGAAAGCUCGCCCACUAGUGCGAGAAGACGUCUUAACAAAAUUCGAGAAAAUCGAAAAUCAGCAGCAUCGCACAAGAGUAUUCCCCUGACUCCAAAGAAGCUCUCCCUGACACCAGAGCUACCAGUGGAGCGUGGAGUAUCACAGGUGGACAGCAGCACGGACGGUAAUGCGGGUGUUGUCUUCCCCCGUCAACCACCAACCAAUUCCCAAUCCCAACCAACUCCCCACGCAGGCCAGGGUAGACAUCUGGAGGAAAAGAGUGACCGCAUCUCGAAGGAGAAGCAAAAAUUCUUCCGCUCAUCAGCAUUCAAUGCCACUCACACUAAACAAAAACGUUCACUACCCGAUAAACAAGACGAUAAGCCUAGGGUAGUCACUGGGAACAAAUGUAAAACACCAGCGCGUAAAUACACGACUAGUAGUAGUAGUAGUAAUAGUAGUAGUAGUAGUAGUAGUAGCACUAGUAGUAGAAAUUCAUCAUCAACGAGUGAAAACUCGUCGUCGUCGUCUGAUUUCUCGUCGAGCAGUUCCUCUGGCUGGUCAGACGAUCAAGACUCGAGGGCCGAUGACAAAUGCAAAACCCUAAGGACUAAGAAAACCGAGGAGUCACCCUGGGGAUUUGCAGCUGCUGCUGCCAAACUCAAGGUCGAUGCACCAUUCUUCAGUACCAUCAACACUUUCGGAUCUCUACCGAAGCUCGAUGCAGGGGCCAAACCGACCUUUGGCCUGCACAUUCAACCAGCGGCAUCACCUUCAGACAAGAAAAAAUGCGAUCCCGAUAAAGUGAAACCAGGAUCAGGACAGCUCAAGGGUCUGUUCGAUGGACUGAGCCAUUUCUUCUCUGCUGGUACUAGCUGUCGUGCUAGAGCCUCCAACUAUGCGCCUGACAGGCGAAAAAAGGGCAAUGACAAAGUUGACGAGAGCUCGGAGAAGACGAGGAAGAGGGAGGCCGAGGGCAAAGGAGAAUAUAAAGAUGUUAAACGGGAUAAAGAUGAGGAUGAUGAGGAAGAGAAUUUUGGUGAAAGUGAUAAAAUGACACCGAGCAAUCUGUUUAAAACAGCUGUGAAUUCCAAGAGGCAUGAGAGUAAAAGGAGAAAUGAUAGUGACGUUAAGUGUGCUGAUGAUGUCAAGGAGGGGAGGAGGAAAAUUGGGGAGGGCUACCCUGUGCCAGCGAUCCCAAGUAAUCACCAUUGUCAUAAUCAUGAGUCCGAAUCAAAUCCUGGCCAAAAAAUCCCACAACCACGUGCCUGUAAUAGCGCAACCACCACCAACACCACCACGACACCCCGCUCCAUCAGGAAGGACGAAUCAGUUGUGCCUCACACGUUGCCACCAGGUGUGACCCAGAAGGAUCUGGACCUCUUCAAAGAAGCCAGAGAGCAAGCGAACCGUUUGACAGUGGAGCUGGACGAUUUCGAGAAGACGACGAGUCCAGGAGGUGGAAUUAUCACAGCUUCGAGAAAUCCAGCUGCUAUUGUAUUCGGAAAAUAUGAAGUAGAGACGUGGUAUUCGAGCCCAUUCCCUCAGGAAUACGCGAGAUUACCCAAGUUGUUCUUCUGUGAAUUUUGUUUGAAGUACACCAAGAGUCGAGCUGUGCUGGAUAGACACAUGGACAAAUGCCAAUGGAGGCAUCCACCUGCCACUGAAAUCUACAGGUGUAAUGGGUUAUCAGUAUUCGAGAUCGAUGGCAACGUAAAUAAGAUCUACUGCCAGAACCUCUGCCUCCUGGCGAAGCUCUUCCUGGACCACAAAACCCUCUACUACGACGUGGAGCCCUUCCUCUUCUACGCAGUAACGAUUAAUGAUAAGCAAGGGUGUCACUUGGUGGGUUAUUUCUCCAAAGAGAAGCACUGUCCCUCCCAGCGCUACAACGUCUCCUGCAUCAUGACACUUCCCCAGUACCAGCGUCAGGGUUUUGGUCGUUUUCUCAUAGAAUUCAGCUACUUAUUAUCAAAAGUCGAGGGGAUUCCUGGUACCCCGGAGAAGCCUUUAUCAGAUCUGGGUCGAGUGUCGUACCACUCUUUCUGGAAAAGCGUUGUUUUGGAGUACCUUGCGUCCCACAGAAAUCCCAAGGCCCUGAACCUAGGGGACAUCACCAGAGAAACUGGUGUUUCAGCCCACGACCUCACCACAGCUUUGGAGCUCCUUUCCUUCGUUCACCUGGUGAAUAACGAGGUAUGCGUUGUCGUCGACUGGUCCAAGGUCGACAGCCACAUGUCUCGAGUAAAGAAAUCCUCUCGAAUAGCCCUAGACCCUGACUGUCUCCGAUGGAUUCCCCUCGUCUCGAUACCUAAUCCUUACUCCCCAGACGACAACGAAUCAACACCUGAAAAUUCACCAAUGCUUGAUCCCAAGCCAGUACCUAUCGUCGAGAAGAUUCAGCGUGUGAAGAUUAAGAAAAGACCCAGGGGCAAAAGAAUUGGUUCUCGCAGGCUGAAGAGAACUCCAAAGCAGAAGGAGGAGAAGGAGAAUGGGAAUGGAGUCGUUGAUGAGGGGAACGCCACACCGAGAAAUCCUAGGAGUCAGAAGACAGUAUCUCUGAGAAAAACAGGAUCUUCAAGAAGGAUAAGACCCAGUGAUGGCUUAUUGACGACUCCCUCCAGGAAACGAAAGCAUUCCAAGACUGAGGAUGAUGACGAUAAGAAGGAUGAAGAGAGCAAAAGGAAGAGGACGAGAGAGAGCCUGAGAGAGAAGAAAGCCAAGAGUCCGGAGAUUUCUAAGGAGGUGGAGAAAACCGUAAAGAAGAGUAAACUUGAUGAUAUCCUAAUGAAAGUCACCAACAGACGAAAUAAAGUACUUCAGUCGAAACUCUCGAAAGAGGCAGAGUACAACGGAGAAAAUAAAGAGGAUGGAGCCAAGGAAGAGCAGAGGAAGAGGGUUUCGAAAGUGGAGAAAAUAAAACGCUCCCCACCGAGAACUGAAGUUAAAUCGAGCAAAAUAAUGAGUAAACAGCUGACGAUAACAGAGAUGUUUGCCAAGGAGACAAGAGAAGAUAAGAAGAAGGAUUUCGUUGAGGAAGUGGUAACAGCGAGUUCUGGAGAAUACGAGGGCGGUGAUGAAGACGAAGGGGAGGAGGAAGAAGAAGUUGAAGAAGCUGUGGAACAAGUGGAGAAGGAAACCGAAGAAAUUUUGCCGGAGAAACCAGAACUUGAACCUGAAGAUAUGCCAGAGUUAGAAGCAGAAUCACAAUCAAAAUCGCAACCACAAUUACAACCACAAUUACAGCCACAAUUACAGCCACAAUUACAACCACAACUACAACCACAGGCUCCAGUUGAGCCCGAACCCGAAUCCGAACCUAAACCUGAGCAUGAACCUGAACCCGCACUUGAACCUGAACCUGCAUCCGAAAAAGCGCAAAAGGAAGAAAAUGUUCCAGAGAAAGAAAAAGUCCAGGUGAAUGAUCGUGUUGCCGAGUCAAGCCCUGAACAAAAGCCAGAGAUUACUGAAAUAGCUGAAGAACCUGUAAAAGAACCUCUAAAAUCCGUUGAAGAGACUCCCAAAGCUCCAGAAGUUCCAGAGACUCCAUCCGCUCAAGUUCUUCCACUAGGAGAUUCCGUAAAGAUCCAAGAAAAGCCUGACGAGCCUCCACAAACUGCAGUAAUCCCCGAGGAAUCCAAAAUGGAGGUGGAUCCCCCAAAAGAGUCAACAGAGUGCUCGAAAUCCCCUCUGAAAUCCCCAGCAAUCGAAUCACCUGGAGAACCCCAACAAAUCCCAGAAACUCAUCAAAUUCCAUCACAACCUCAACCAGACGAGAAGCAGAAUUCUCCAGAGAGUGGAAAAACAACUCCUCACUUGGAGAACUCGAUAAAGAGAACGCCUCCAAGCCAGCCAGAUCUGCCUUCGAUGGGAGUCUACACACCAGACAGCACGACGAAUUCCGUGCAUUCCCUACAUUAUGGCCAGUGCGACUUGGAUGUUUCCCAGCUGGGGCUGGAGUCUCCUACGUCAAUAGCAAGUGAUUUAGCAUCUCAACACAGCGUGGAAAGACCCCCCAGUGCCCUUCCAAGUGCUCUUGGUGUGUCAAUUCCCCCAAAUCCACACCAAGUUUCCUCGAUCAUGCCACAGGUGCAGUAUGAUUGCUCGAUGAGUCAUGUGGGUCUUCACCAGAUGCAUCAGCCUCAACAGCAGCCGAGAACACCCCAGAGUCUCCCAACUCAGUCACCACAACCAAUACAGCAACCUCACACACCUCAACCACAGCCUCAAACACCCCAGCCCAUUCAAUCUCAUACACCACAGCCCAUCCAAUCCCAUACACCUCAACCUCUUCAGUCCCACACUCCUCAACCUAUCCAAUCUCACACACCCCAACCCCAACCCCAACCUCAACCCCAGCUACAUCCUCAGGGUUUGAUGGCCCCCCAGAAUAUCCAUCAUCACUCUCAGGUCUCUCCUAAUCCCUCCAACACUUCAAAACGUCAAUCAUCUCAAGCCAGAUCAAGGACCCAACAGAAUCGAUCCCACAGAUCAACACCUCCAGCUCCCUCACAUCCACAAACCCUAAAUCACUCUGUCCCUCAUCAGUACCAGCAGCCCAUGCCUCAUCAUUCUCACAAUAUGGUGAUCUCUCAAGGGAAUUAUAUGGCAACCGUCUCCCAGGCCUUCCCCACCCAGAAUACUUACGUAAUCCAGCACAGAAGUGGAAGAAGUGUUCCCACAACUCCCUCAACAGCCACUAAUUUUUAUAUUCAAACAUCAGUGCCACACAGCCACACCCAGAGCAACCACCAGGGCACCCCCAAUAGCUGCAGCCUAGCUAAACUUCAGCAAUUGACGAAUGGCCUUGAGAUGAUACCUCCAACACCUCCAGCCAUGAACUUGACACCACCUCCACCCAUUCCCCACACAAUGACACCACCACAGAACUCUAGACAGCUUUCCACGCCCCCUCAGGUGCCUUUGGGGUAUCCAAAGAAUUAUUAUAACGUUAAUUCGGUGCCACCACCCGGAGGAGGGCCUGCGAGGUCGACCUCCAGAUCCUCAGCGAAUGCCAAUAUGUCUCUCCAGAAUUAUGCAUCUGAAAGCCUAUACAGACAGAGUCCUCUGGGCAGUCUGGAUCCCAGUGGCAGCUGUCCACAGAUGCAGGGGGGAUCCAGGGUCUCUCCCAAUGUUGCUCUCAAUACUAAUCUCAUGGCUGCUGCUGGAUAUGGGUAUAGGGUGGCACAGGGGAGUAGUGGAUACAUGAAUCAGGCUGCACAAAUUGGGGGGUUCAUGAAUCAGGGACAACUACCUGUCGGGGUUGUUAAUGUACCUGGUGCCUAUUCCCAGGAUCCCCAUCAGCAAAAUCCUGCUGCUGUUUACACAACUUAUCACGGGUAUAUCAAUGGUGGACUCAUGCAACCGUUGAAUAGCACCAUGAGGCCCAGAUAAAGGGAGUCUGGGGUUCUCCAUGAUAUCUCAACACCUAAUGGAGAUAAUGAUAGUUUUCAAAGAACGUUUUGGAGGAUGGAGGGAAAGAUGCAAAAGGAAUUACAAUAUCUUCAUUAGAUUUUGAGGUAAUUAUUGCAUAAUUAAUUCAUGGAUUCAUGGGAAUGAGUUCAUCUUCAUUUUUGGCACAGCCUCUAGUUGUUACAGGCCUAAUUACGAGUUUGUCAGCUGAACAUAAUGAGUAAUGAUGUGAUGAAUUGUCUAUAUGAUGAAUUUUCUCGUGAUAUGAGUUGUAAUAACUUGAGGUGACCCCGUGGCAUUCAACUUUCAAUUGAAUAAAUAAUUAAUUGGUUAAACUGUUUUUAUCAUGUGCGAAAGUAUUGAUAUUUCGAAGAAUUUUAUCCACUCACUAUUUUGAAUUUCUGAAUAGUGAAAAUUUUAUCGGUUGUAACGAGUUUAUUGAAUCUAUUAUUAUCUGAGAAGGGCAGAUAAUCCCUCUAACAUGGGUAUUGUAUUAUAGUUUUUAAACUCAGUCUUAAUCCUGCAAUUGUGUUUCUCGAGGUGAGGCGCUGUACUUUCAAUUUUUCUCUAUGCAUUAUGUAUUUGGGAGUGGCAAAGGGCACAUGAAAAAUGUCAGUGAAAAAAUCUAACACGUCCUGUCAAAAAUUCUAUUAACCUUCUGGUAAUUUGUUUUUCUUUUUUAUAAUUAUUUGAUGGACUCCAUAUAAACGAUUCUCUGGAGUAUUUUUCAGGUUCAAAUUCUUCGGCUUUAUGAUCUUUAUAUAUAUGCCCAAAAAUUGUUCUAGAAGAAAAAUCCAUGGAGAAUAAUUUGUGCCGAGACUUCUAUCUAUAAACUCUAUCAAAUUUUUUUUGUUAUGAAAUAUCAUAGAGUUGCAUAAUCAUCAAUAGAAAUCAGUGCAAAAGAAAUAGAUUUUUUUUUAACGAAAGCACUAGGUUUUCAGUAAAUCUUUCCCAUACGUGAGGUCAUGAUUUCGUUAUGUCGACGUGUUCUUAUUCUUCGUUCCAUUUACCCUAAGCUUCAGCUUCAAACAAUCUCGAGGAAACAACAAGUAAAGAGUAAUUCCUCAUUAUUUUCGGGCGUUAAUAACAAGAUGCACAUUCUUCAAUAUGUCAUAGUUUAAUUUCUGUAUAAAAAGAUAAAUGGCAGAUUAAUUCGGGAAAUCCCCAGAAAAAUGGGAUAGAUAAAAUGUAAAGAAUAUCUGAGAGUGAGACAUUUCUGAUUAUCUACUGAUAACGAGACAAAUUGUACAUUUGGAAUGAUAAACAAUGUGAAAAUAAAAAAUGACUCACAGUGGGCUGUUUUGAAAUGUUGUAGUUGUCACUAUAUUUUUAUUAUAACUUUCACAAGAGAAUCGAUUGAAGACUAUUUCUGUGGAAGUAUGAAUAGUUU